CUGAACUUUGUGGAUUUAUGUUCAGCUAAUUGUUCUUUGUUGUUGCUAAAUUGCAAAUCGUUAGAUAAAAUUUUAUAAUUAACGAUAUAAACUAAAUUGAAUGUGACUGACAUAGUUAAUACAGGUAACACAUAAAAACAAAUUCGCGCAGCCCUGGUAAACAGCUGAUUGUGUCUAAGCAAAAAUAAUAAAUAAAUCGAAACAGCAAAAUAAAUAAGAGGCAUAAAGACAAACAAAUGAGCGCCCUCUUUCGCAGCCUAAACAAUUUUUCCUCAAAACGUGAAAAUGUUGUCAAGGAGGCGCUGAUAAAUACUUUGAACGAAAAUGCGAGAGAAAUCGAAUUUGAAGUUAAGCAAAAAGGACUCGAUGUGCUCGGCUUAUGUGAACAAACGAGUGCUUUGUGCACCACAUUAGAGGCGUUGUUCUUGCACGGCUUGAAAGACUCGUUUCUGUGGGCCACUAUCAAUGUGAUUACUGGAGAUGUGGAGCGCCGACCGGAGCCGAGCUUUUGGUCACCUGCGAUGGUGUUCAUGCACAAGCAGGUGAUCGAGCAAAUCCAAAGAUUGAGCCAGAUAACCUCCGAGACUGGACAGUGUCGAGCGUGGGUGCGGCAGUCGCUUAACGAUUCCAUUUUCUCGUCGUAUUUAAAUAAUAUGCGUAAAAAUGGCUCAGCCUUGCGUCCGUACUACAAGAAGGACGCACUGCUCAAGGAUAGUGAAGGUCUGGAGACGGCAGCUAAAAUUAUGGAGAGUCUAGAAGCAUACGUGACUUUCGACUUGCCCGUCAACUCAAGCUUGCUAAAUCAAUGGCCCGAUUAUGCCCUGCAGCUUUCCGAUCUAUGGACACCGGCACUCAAAUCCUGUCCAAUAAGCAGCGGCGUGGAUGUGGCUAGUUCUUUGGCUACUGAAAUUGUGGCUAUUCCCACACCACAGCCACUGCAUACGAAUGAGCUCUUCUCGGAGUCCAUUUCGAACAGUCCAUUCAGUCGUGGAGGCCAGUUUGGACAUGCGGAUCUUGACCAACAUGAGAUGCUGGACCUGUUCAUGCAAAAGGUUGACGAAAUGGAUGUUAUAAACGAAGAUUCGACAUCAGCAGAGGCGACAGAUCAUGUCGUGUCCAAUGAGACUGAACAAGCCGAAUCGAGUACCAGCAGCAGUCAGCGGACUCGAAAGCGUUCCAUUCGACAUAUUGAAGAGCCUUUUUCUGAGCUGCCACAGGGAAGCAAUUCGUUGACAAAUCUCAUGCAAACCUCGUGGUCUGCUGAUCUCGAUGCUCACACGCCCACAAAAGAGUCUGGCGCGCGUUUCUUUCAGCGCUCGGUUAGCAUGAGCAGUACUACAAGCCUGCGAACACCCACAGCAGAUCGUUGCAGCUACAAUGCGCUGCUACGAAAGCACGAGAACAACCGGGAGGAUGGCUCUGGCUGGUCGCAGAUCUGGGAGAAGUUUCGUGCUAAUCCCUCUACCUUGAAUUUGUCGCAGACGCAUACGCAACGCGAGAUUGAGUCCAAUGCAACAGACGAUAUGAGCGAACUGCAAUCAGUUGAUACCAACUCCGAAUUCGAGCUGCUCAACUCGAAUUUCGAAAUGGGCGAACUGCAGCAAAUGGUUGCCCAACUGUGUCAGCUGCCACGCGAGCCUGGACUCAACGCACAGGGUUUUCUGUGCAAGGGCUGUCAGCAUCCGCUAGGCAUUGGCGACAACAAUUUCCAAGUUUGUGCUUUUAGUGGCGAUUAUUAUUGCAACGUCUGCAUGGAACCGGAGGCUCAGCUCAUUCCGGCACGCAUCAUCUACAACUGGGACUUUCGCAAAUAUGGCGUCAGCAAGCGUGCGGCCCUUUUUCUGGCCGAGUUUCGUGCACAACCGUUUCUAGACAUGCAGCUACUCAACCCGAGCAUUUACUUUGCUUCUGAUGCCAUGGCUGAGUUGCAGUCGUUGCGCAUUCGAUUGAAUUUUAUACGUGCCUAUCUCUAUACCUGUGCACCGAGUAGCCUUAAGCUAUUACAAAACCAAUUCGGUGGCCAGGAGUAUCUCUAUGAACACAUACACCAAUACUCCAUAGCUGAUUUGGCAUUAAUACAACGCGGUGCGCUUUGUCAGCAGCUACAAAAGGCCUUCAAGCUGGGCGAGGCACACGUGCUCAAGUGCAGGCUAUGCCAGCUGAAGGGCUUCAUCUGCGAAAUCUGUCAGAGUCCACGUGUACUCUACCCGUUUCACAUCGCCACCACAUUUCGCUGCGUUACAUGCGGUGCUGUUUUCCAUGCCGAAUGCCUUAACGAGCAUCAGCCGUGUCCCAAAUGCGAACGACGACGUCUACGCGAGGAUCAGCCGUUGCAGGAGGCUGUUGAAGAUCUAAAGCUCAAGCAUAGCUCUGCUUAGAUUGCCAUUUAGUUAAUAAGCAAUAAAGUGCGAUUGUAUUUUGUAUUUACACUAUGUUUAAGCUUGUUAAAGUUAUGUUGGCUAUUUAGAAAUUGGUAAAAUACCUUGGUCAAAUGAUGUUACUCUCACAAUUUUGUAAAUAUGCGCUUGCAGCUAACAUAUACUCAAGAAAACA